AUGAGCAGCAGUCUAUCGGUCGCCGUCCGUUCCCGGGCCACGUACUACCAGCAAUCCCGUCGUUUCCCUCCCGCAUUCAUCCGGUCAGUGGUCCCUCCGUUCCUCUGUUCCCAUCUCCGAUCCCUUUCAGACGGUUUCUUCUCCGUUAUCCGAGUGCCCAUUUGUACCUGGUGUUCGGUCUAUGCUCCUCCGCGAUGGUCGCUCCCGUCCUCCAUUCGGUCCGCUUCCCCUCUCUCAUUUCCAUAAUCUUCCUCUCGUUUUCAGUGUUAUUUGUACAUGACAAUGUCGAAGAACGAGUUCGAACAGUACCGCGUCGAGCAGAAUGCAAUCGUUUUGGAAAGACAGAAAUUUGGUGGGGGGAGAGUUUGAAAGACGAAAAGAAAAGGGACGUUUUCAGGAAAGGGACUCUGGUUUCCGUUUAUGUCGAAGGAAGAGCCGAAGCCAGCCGGGAGGACAGCAAAUUGA